AUGAAAACCGACUUGGAGCUCGCCUUGGAGUGUGUUGUCAACAUCUACCACCAGUAUGCCAUGAAAUGGCCCAUAGAUGACUACCUGAACAGGACCGAGUUCUCCAUGCUGCUCAAGGAGACUGCCAAGCCCUUCCUCCACAACACUAAGCCACCUAACAUGUCCACCGAUGACUACAUAAGCUCACUCUUCGUCAGAGCAGACCGCAACCGCAAUGGUCGCCUGAAGUUCACCGAGUUCCUGACCACGCUGAGCCUCGUAGCCAUUGAUGCCCACAACAGGUUCCACCAGCAUCCACAUGCUAGUCAGGGCCAGGGCCAGGACCACGUCCAGGACCAGAGCCACGGUCACGGCCACAGCCAUGGUCACUGA